CCAUCAUUCUCAGCAGCUGACGUUCGGCGAGCAGGCCUGCCGGAACCCUGUCUUCUCUGCCGUGUUUGUCUACGUCAAGACGCGAAGACAAUAUUGAUCACCCUUCCCCGGCGGGUGCGUUCGGGACUCAGCUAGCCCCCCCGGGUCCUUCCUGACUAGAGCGACUAGAGCAGCAGGGUAUCGUCACGCACCUCGAGCAGUGGGUACGGUCACGGUCGUUUUCGCCGGCUACGUUCAGGGAGCCUUUCGCGCGUGAUAGGAUCUCUCUCCAGCUGUCACUAUUAUAGCGCUUUCGUGACCCGGAAAAGGGGCCUUCGGGGCUAAGAUGGAGCCGAGAUCGAACACUCGCCGCAACUGCGACUACUGCGUCGAGAAAAAGGUGCGCUGCAGCGGCAGAAUCGAAGGAGGGGCGUGCCACUACUGCGCUCGCAAGGACCACGUGUGCAUCUUCAGCCUCAAGCAGAAGCCGGGUCCCAAGUGUAACCGCCACAUCGGCGAGACACCGCCGUUUCGGGAGGAGUCCUUGGGGGUCGACGCCAUCAGCAGCGCCGCAGCCGCGCUUUCCCUCUCCGGGUCGAAGCCCGGGCUGGCGGCGGCGAUGGUUUGGUCGCAAUCGGCCAAAGGCAAGAGGGGCGGUCGGGGUUCGACGUCGAGGGCGUUUUCGGCGGCUGAGAAGAGCCCUUUUGCACCCGGGUCCGUCGGAGACGGCAUCGGGAAUCGUGACCACGUUAUGGACGAGGUGGAGAUAAACAGUUUUUUGUGUGGUCAACUUUCCGGCAUUGCUAGCAGUGUCCAGUUCCCAUGGACCAAAUCCGUACGCGACGCUCUGGAGUAUGAUGUAGUGUUGUCGCUUUGUCCUGUACGGGCCGUGAGUGGUGACGUUCAUGCCCGUUGAGGCACUUGAAUGCAUUUCGAGUGAAACGGGGC